GUAGAAGAAAAACUCUCUCUCUCUCUAUAUAUAUAUAUGAUUUCACAGUUUAGCAAUAGAAAAUAAUAGUUAUGCUCACAGGCCACAUCAAUAUAACACCAAACUACAUAUCUCAUCACUAAUAAUUCAUACACAUGUUUAUAGUUAACCCACAAUCACCAAUUUAACACAUAUACACAAUUCAUCAAUUAUCAAUUUAACUUAUAGACCAUAGAUACCGUACAUACACAUAAUAUAUUCAUCAAUUGAUGCAUAAAUAACAUGCAUAUAGUUUCCUUUUUCUUGAAAUAUGAUACCUUGUUGAGCUUGCGAGAUGGCUUGUUAACAAACCAAACUGACUCGUUAAUAAACCGAGCUGAGAUGUCAGCUCAGUUCAUGAAAAAAUUUAAAUAAGUCGAUUCGAACCGACAAACAUAUCGCAGCGAACAAGCAAACUAGAGACAAAGAGUCAUAGCUAGAUUAAAACCACGGCAAACCACAGUGGAUAAGUUAAUCGAGCGAGCCAACAAGCUACAAUUAUUAUGUUCGGCCUACGACUAAGCCGCUACAUACAUAUAAUGAGAAGGGACCGUGUUCUUACACACGUGAAAGGGUCAGUGAUGAAAAAAAAGAAGAAAAAAACGACUGAUAUCUUUAUAGCAUGUGAUAUCCGAUUUUUUAAAGUAAAUUACUUUCCUAAUAGACAUAGUACUGAGAUUAUUUUCAGUUUAUUAAGGUCUAGUUUGGUAACCUUAUUUCUUUGUGAGAAUUCUAUUUUUCUAAGGGAAACUAGUAAGGGAAAAUAAAAAUCCCUUGUAAAAAUGGAGCUGCCAAAGCAGUGAGUAAAAAUAACUUUUGUUCUAAUUUCUAAGGUGCUUUUCAUUUUUAAAAAUUAAUUUUAGUUAAAAAAACAAAAAAGUUUCAAAACCCAACAAAACAGAAAAUUAAAUUCACCCACAAACACGAAUAGCUCGGCGCGCUGCCCGAUGAUUCUACACCCAACGCCAACGGCCAACCCACAAACACGAAUAGUUCGGCCCGGCUCUCAACCAGCCGGAAAACCCCACAGAAGCGUUUCCUUCGCUCGCUUCCCUUCGCUCCGCCGCGUCCUCGAAAGUCGAAACCCCCACCCGUCAUGGAGCCACCCGCGUGGUCGCCGCCGCGUGAGGAGGAGGAGGAGGAGGAGACCGAGAUCGACUUCGACGAGGAGGAGGACCCGGAGGAGGUGGAGCCGUGGUUCACGUCCUCCGGCUCGGAGCCGGAGCUAGAACCAGAGCCAGAGCCGAAGCACCCGGCGCCGACCCCAUCCCCCGCCCCCGCUUGGGCUGAGCCGGAGCAGCAGCCGGCUCCGGUCACGGCGGUGGAGGCGACGAAGAAGGGCGAGGGGGAGGAUGCGAGGCCGCGGUGGCCCGGGUGGCCUGGCGCGAGCGUGUUCCGCCUGGUGGUGCCCGCGGACAAGGUCGGCGGAAUCAUCGGGCGCCGCGGCGACACCAUCAAGCGCCUCUGCGACGAGACCCGCGCCCGCGUCCGCGUCCUCGACGCCCCGCACGGGGACGGGGCCUUCAGCCGGAUUGUUUUAGUGUCUGCAAGAGAAGAAGUUGAAGCAGAGUUGUCACCUGCAAUGAAUGCUGCAAUUAAGAUCUUCAAGCAUAUAAACGAGAUAGAAGAUAUCAAUUCUGAUGGAACUUUAAUGGCUCCUGCACCAGAAAUUUCUUCUGUUAGAUUAUUAGUUCCUUUUGCACAAGCUCUCCAUGUAAUUGGCAAGCAAGGAGUCACAAUUAAGUCAAUUCAGGAAAGUACAGGUAGUACCGUAAGGAUCAUGGAUGAAGAUGAGCUAUUGAGUCAUGAGACAAUGGGUGAAAGAAUUGUGGAGAUAAAUGGUGCUUCGCUCGAGGUUCUGAAUGCCCUAAAAUUGGUGCUUGGACUUCUCCGGAAGUUCCUAGUUGAUCAUGGUGUGCUUCAUCUUUUCGAAAGGAAGAACCCAGAAGUAGCUCAACCACAGCAGAGUCGUGGUAACCCAAAAGGCAGUAGAUUCUUGUAUGGACAUGAUCCAUCUUUUCAUGCCCCGUACUCUCGAGAUCUCAGCCAACCAGCUGAUUCGUUAAUAACAAAGAUUACACGGACAAUGCAAAUCCCGCUGGCAGAUGUUGGAGAGAUAAUUGGCGUAAGGGGAGAAAACGUUGAACUCAUUCGUUCUGUUAGUGGAGCAGUUGUCGUUCUUGAGAAAAUCGGAAACGGUCAAGAGGUUCGAGUCAUGAUUGAAGGCACUCCUUCACAAGUUCAAACUGCACAUCAACUUGUACAGGAGGCUCUUUCAGGUGACAGAGGGCUACCGUCCGGGAGCAGUUACUACAGCGCUGAGGGGGGCGACGGUGACCCAAGUCUGGUAAAGCCCCCACAUGCUGGCCCAAGGUUUCUGCACCCCAUCUCAGCAAUCGAAGCAAGUUGGGACUACCUGCCAUGGCAGUACCAAGAACAAACGCCCCGUGACGACCAUCGGGGAUACCCUACUCUCUCUGAUUACAGAGGCUACUUGCCAUAGGAAGCGCACUCAGCUGCCAAGGUACCUUUUGCAGCCACCGUUACAAGAUCGUGUGGACGAUUGAUGUGGAAUGGCAACAUGUAGUAGCUGCCGUCCCGUACCUUCUCUAUCUAGGACUAGGAGCCGAGUAAUGGCUGCCAUUCAUAGAGGGGACGACGUGGAUCGCUUGUAUGAAAAAGAUUGAACAAACUAGCAACUGCACUAGAUUGUUUCGUGAGCUGUCCUCUGUCUUACCACGUGCUCACCAAAAGCUGAGCCUCAAGUUCCUUGUCCAUACCGUAUGGUCACCCGUGUGGGAGCCGUUGCUUAUCGCUUGGAUCUUCCAGAAUCCAGUCGUAUCCACCCGGUUGGUCAUGUUAUGUGUCACAGUUGAAGUUGGCAGCAGGGUUCAAAGGGACCGCUCUGAAGUCCUUACCAUCA